AGCUCUAGUAGUACGAGGCCCGUUAUAUCUUACCUUCCUUUGCCGCUUUCUUUCUCUCGAAAUUUCCGUUUCCUUGGAGAAUUAAAAGAAAAAAAAAUAUAAUACACUUUGAAGAUCUCUAUGUUUGGACUUCAAUUUUCUUCAUAGAGACUCCCCUUCACGUUAGUCUCUCCGCUAUUUCUCAUUUCUCUUUUCAUAAAGGUUAGUCAGAUCCAUUUCUUUACAUACUUUCUUCAUUAUAUUUACAUCCAACUGCUACACUCAUAAUAAUCCCUUGUUUCUUCAAAAACCCACAUCGAAAACCUUUGAAUAUUUGCUUAUAAUCCCAUUUCUCGAUCUGGGUUUACCCAGAUCUGACUAAAUCUGAACUCAAUGGCGAGUUUUGGGAUCUGGGUAUUAACGAUUUUCUUGGUUUUUCAAUCUGGGUAUGGGUUUUAUUUGCCUGGUAGUUACCCUCACAAAUAUAAAGUUGGGGAUCCUUUAUCUGUUAAAGUGAAUUCCUUAACUUCAAUUGAUACUGAAAUGCCCUUUAGCUAUUAUAGUUUACCCUUUUGUAAACCUGCUGAGGGUGUUAAAGAUAGUGCUGAGAAUCUGGGUGAACUUCUUAUGGGAGAUCGUAUUGAGAACUCACCAUAUAGGUUCAAGAUGUAUACUAAUGAAACCUUGAUCUUUUUGUGUCAAUCGGGUAAGUUAUCGGCUGAUGAGUUUAAGUUGUUGAAGGAGAGGAUUGAUGAGAUGUAUCAGGUUAAUUUGAUUCUCGAUAAUUUGCCGGCGAUUAGGUAUACGGUGAAAGAGGGCUUUGUUUCGAGGUGGACCGGGUAUCCGAUUGGGGUUAAGUUUCAAGAUAUGUAUUAUGUGUUUAAUCAUUUGAAAUUUAAGGUUCUUGUUCAUAAGUACGAGGAAACGAAUGUGGCGCGUGUGAUGGGGACUGGGGAUGCCGUUGAUGUUUUCCCCAGUGGUGGUAAAGGUGGAUCCGAUGUGCCGGGGUAUAUGGUUGUUGGAUUCGAGGUGAUUCCUUGUAGUGUUAUGCAUAAUGGUAACGUGGUUAAGGAUUUGAAAAUGUAUGAUAAAUACCCAUCCGAGAUUAAAUGCGAUACAACUACCGUCACGGUGCCUAUCAAGGAAGGUGAGCCAUUUGUGUUCACGUAUGAAGUUGCCUUUGAGGAGAGUGAUAUCAAGUGGCCGUCUCGUUGGGAUGCUUAUUUGAAGAUGGAAGGAUCGAAAGUUCAUUGGUUUUCGAUCUUGAAUUCCCUUAUGGUGAUCACUUUCCUUGCUGGUAUAGUUCUUGUGAUCUUUUUAAGGACUGUUAGGCGGGAUCUGACUCGGUAUGAGGAGCUUGACAAGGAGGCUCAAGCGCAGAUGAACGAGGAGUUGUCGGGGUGGAAGUUAGUUGUCGGGGAUGUUUUCCGUGCCCCGUCCCAUCCUGCUCUUUUGUGUAUUAUGGUCGGUGAUGGAGUUCAGAUCCUUGGUAUGGGAGUUGUGACUAUAUUGUUUGCUGCUCUUGGAUUCAUGUCUCCAGCAUCCCGUGGAACUCUCAUUACAGGUAUGCUAUUCUUCUACAUGAUUCUUGGAAUUGCAGCUGGCUAUGUUGCAGUUCGGCUUUGGAGAACUAUCGGCUGCGGUGAUCACAAGGGAUGGGCUUCGGUUGCAUGGAAAGCUGCUUGCUUUUUCCCUGGUAUCGCAUUUUUAAUUCUCACCAUUUUGAAUUUCCUGUUGUGGGGAAGUCACAGCACUGGAGCUAUCCCAUUUUCGCUCUUUGUCAUUCUACUCCUACUAUGGUUCUGCAUCUCGGUUCCACUCACCUUAGUCGGAGGAUACUUCGGAGCCAAGGCACCUCACAUUGAAUACCCUGUCCGAACCAACCAGAUCCCUCGAGAAAUCCCAGCUCAAAAAUACCCAUCAUGGCUGUUAGUUCUUGGUGCUGGGACUCUACCUUUCGGUACCCUUUUUAUCGAGCUUUUCUUCAUCAUGUCAAGCAUAUGGAUGGGACGCGUGUACUACGUCUUCGGCUUUCUUCUCAUCGUUAUGGUCCUCCUCGUUGUGGUUUGUGCCGAAGUAUCAUUGGUGUUAACUUACAUGCAUCUCUGCGUAGAAGACUGGAAAUGGUGGUGGAAAUCCUUCUUCGCUUCCGGUUCAGUCGCCAUCUACAUCUUCUUAUACUCCGUAAACUACCUCAUAUUCGAUCUCAAGAGUUUGAGUGGACCGGUCUCUGCAACUCUCUACUUGGGGUAUUCUCUCUUCAUGGUCCUCGCAAUCAUGUUGGCCACUGGCACGAUCGGGUUCCUUUCAUCUUUCUGGUUCGUGCAUUACUUGUUCUCUUCCGUAAAGCUGGAUUGAAGAGGUAAAUCGGUAACCCGAGAGGCAGGGGAGGAAAGAAUUGGACCUUUUACAUUACUUGAUCAUAUAUUACAUGUGUUAUAUUGAGCUCAUUUACUCUGUUAGGGGAACUUUAGUAAAAUGCAAUAACAAUAAUAUGGCGCAGUUUCAUUUAAAUUCUUUAUUAGUUGUUACUAUGAUGCAUGGUACUGCAUUUGCAUUAUGAGGCUGGUUUUUAGGUUGUGUUUGUAACAUUUCUUGGUGCUACUUUAUACUAUUUAUUUGGGGAUCUGUAAUGCAAGCUGAGCACAGUUCACUUUUUUUA